CCUCUUCACAAAAACUUGACGUUCAACUUGACAGUAUCAAAGAAAAAUAUGCCACUUUAAUAUCUCCGUUCCCUCAAAAAAGACAACGAAUCAAUUUACUAAAUCCUUCAACCAGUAACACUUCGAAUAACAAACCUCAGUCUUUAAAUUUUCCAGAAGUUGUCUCGCAAAUCCAAAAAAGUCCACCUUCAAUUUCUACCGCAGAACCUCUUAACUCGCAAUUCCAUAAUCCCAACCUUAAUCCCCAGGAAAUGCAUGAAGACUCUACUCCUCUUACUGCUCACACCAACCAACCCACUAUAUUUGUUACCCAAGGCCACCCCACGAUUCACAGUUCUCAUGAACCUCCAGCUUAA